AUGACCGGUUUCUGGAUUAUAAUUUCGAUCUUCAGCGCCGUGUUUACAGUCCAACCUGGUAGACGCUGGGUUACUGCACAAUCCCCAACAGAGUCACGAGUUUAUCAGCCUGAUAAAGAGCUCAGUGUGGAUACUGGAGACUCGGCUACUCUGCAGUGUUGUAUUUCUGAAAAUGAAUUUGAACCGAUAGCCUGGUUUAAGCAACCAAACGGAAAAAAACCUCAGAUUAUAGUCACUGUAUAUAAAACUGCUGGAGAGGCGUUUUACAAUGAAUCCCAAAAGUCUCGUUUCAAAAUAGAAAGAUCUUCAAACUGCUGCAAUAUGACCAUUUUAAACACCAUUCAGUCUGAUGAAGCCAUGUACUACUGUGCACUGAUGAGACUCAGCCUUGUGUUUGCAGAUGGAACUUAUUUAAAAAUUAAAGGUGAGCAUGUUACUAUUGCAUCAGAAACAUCGAAACCAGGUCUGUGUGAUAAUUCAGUGGUGUGUGAACCAACACUGCAUGGAAACAGCACUAACAUGAACACACAAGAGAAAACAGUGCUCGGUUUGGGAACGGCUUUGGGUUUGUGUGCACUUCUGAUUUUCUGUCUCACUUAUUUCAUACUGAGGAGAAGAAUUUUAAAUGCUUCUAUAGAAAACUCUCCAGGAACAAGGCAGGUACGUGAAUAUGAAGCAGAAAUGCUGAAUUAUGCAGCUUUGAAAUUCUCCAAGCAGAAAGCCAAAGUUGGAAAAAGAAAAACUGGCCCAUCAGAUGAGUGUGUGUACUCUGAUGUGAAUAAAACUGUAAGAUGUAACAUAAAUGAUUCAUAACACAUGGUACUAUUACACUGUAAAAACAGUGAAAAUAUUUUACCAAGUGAAAAUAUCUUGACUAUACACUAAUUUGUUCCACAUUUUUCAUUAUGAGAUGAAAAGAUUAUUAAACAAAUAAUAAUCUGAGACUUGAAAUUGUCUUAUUCGACUGAAUUAUGUAUCUAUUUCUAGAAGUAAAAUUAUAUGCCAAUAGAAA